GUUAAGAGGAGUAACCACGAGAAUAGAUAAACAAACCAAGCAGCUACCUACGUCUCUAGUCUCUACUCCAAGUCCAGCUCAAUGGAGCUUGAAACCUUAGCUCCAUUGCUUCUUCUCUUCACUACUGUCAUUUGGUUCUUAGCCACCACAACAUUAUUAAAAUCCUCAAAUCCCAAAACCACACCACAAUCUUCCACUUCCACUACCACCGCCAUUCCCAAACCUUACCCCAUCAUCGGCUCCGUCUUUCAAAUCACUGCCAAUAGUCACCGCCGCAUUCACUGGGUCGCCGACAUCCUCCGCACCUCCUCCACCUUCGUCCUCCACCGUGCCUUCGGCUCCCGCCAGGUUUUCACAGCAAACCCCGCCGUAGUCCAGCACAUUCUCAAGACCAACUUCCCCUGCUACCGCAAAGGCCCCACUCUCCGCCGCGCCAUCGGGGAUUUCCUCGGCGACGGCAUCUUCAACGCUGACGGCGACAACUGGAAGUUCCAGCGCCAAAUCUCUAGCCACGAGUUCAACACCCGCUCCCUCCGCCGAUUCGUUGAAACCGUCGUCGACGGCGAACUCUCCGACCGCCUUAUCCCUAUCCUCUCCCAAGCGGAACUCAACAAAACCACCCUCCCUGACUUCCAAGACAUCCUCCAACGCUUCACGUUUGACAAUAUCUGCAGAAUCGCCUUCGGUUUCGACCCGGAGUAUCUCCUCCCUUCCCUCCCGGAAACCGCGUUUGCCAAAGCCUUCGACGACGGAACUCGAAUCAGCAGCGAGAGGUUCAACGCCGCAGUUCCCUUGCUCUGGAAAUUGAACCACCUCCUCAACGUUGGCUCCGAGAAGCGUCUCAGAGAAGCCAUCGCCGAGGUUCGUGGCCUCGCCGGAAAAAUCGUAAGGGAGAAGAAGCAACACCUUCAAUCAAAACCGGAAUCUGAACCUGAAUCGUUGGAUCUAUUGUCACGAUUUCUGAGGAGUGGCCAUUCCGAUGAGCAAUUUGUGACGGACAUUGUGAUAAGCUUCAUCCUCGCCGGGAGAGACACCACCUCCGCCGCACUCACGUGGUUCUUCUGGCUUCUCUGGAAGCAUCCUCACGUGGAGCGUCACGUGCUGGGGGAGGUGACGGGGAAAUCGGAGGCGUUGGUUUUCGAUGAGGUGAAAGACAUGGUGUACACUCACGCGGCGUUGUGCGAGAGCAUGAGGUUGUACCCGCCGGUGCCGGUGGACACGAAGGAGGCGGCGUACGACGACGUUUUACCAGAUGGGACGGUGGUGAAGAAAGGGUGGAGGGUGGCGUAUCAUGUUUACGCGAUGGGGAGAUCCGAGAAAAUAUGGGGCUCCGAUUGGGGUGAGUUUCGACCUGAGAGGUGGUUGAAUCGGGUUGAGGAUGAUGGGAAGUGGGUUUUUGUUGGGGUGGAUCCGUUUAGCUACCCGGUGUUUCAGGCGGGGCCGAGAGUGUGUUUGGGGAAGGAAAUGGCGUUUUUGCAGAUGAAGAGGGUGGUGGCUGGGGUUAUGAGGAGGUUUAAGGUUGUGCCGGCGGUGGCGGAAGGGGUGGAGCCGGAGUACACGGCGCACCUUACGUCGUUGGUGAAAGGUGGCUUGCCCGUUAGGAUUGAGGAGCGCAGGUGAAUGAAUGGAUGUAAUUAUGUUCGUUAUUCGGCCACAUAAAAAUGUUGGUUGCAUUUGCAUGAUUUCUAGGGUACAUACUUGGGUACCCAUAAAAUCAAAUGAGUGUAGGCUACAGGAGUGAAGUGUAUCAGUAAUCUUUGUCCACUUAAUAUGACGUGAAUAAGUAAGAGCUGACUGGAUUCUUUUUUA